AGACGUUUGUUAAAAUAGCGUCAAACGAAAGGAGUUUGAGUCUUGUUUACGCCAAAUGGGUCGUCCUAUUCCCUUCCUUCUCCUUCUCCUCCUCUUACCUAUUUUCUCUCAACACCCAUUACUAUAAAAGAAACACACCACCACUCUUCCCUCUCAAACACACAUCUCCCCCCCACCCCCCCACCACGAUCCUUUCUUUACUGCCCCUGUAUCUCUCCCUUUUCUUUCCUUCUUUUUCCUGUUGAUUUCCUUUCUAGUUAUUCCACAUAUAUAUGCAAAUCUUCAUCAAGAAGGGGCUAUAUGUAAGAGGUCUGCAUGAGUUGCUCGCUUGCUUGACUUGUAGCCAGCUAGCUAGCCUCCGUUGUUUAAGGCGGGUUCUGGGGACAAAGGGCCUGAGUUUGUUUUCAAAAUAGCAAGCUGAGCUUCUCGGUUUGAGAGAGGUGUUAAAAAUAAGAUAAGAUGGAGAAGCUCAACUUUGUUAAGAAUGGUGUGCUGAGACUGCCUCCUGGAUUUCGUUUCCAUCCCACAGAUGAAGAGCUUGUUGUUCAAUACUUGAAGCGCAAGGUUUUCUCCUGCCCCUUGCCUGCCUCCAUCAUCCCUGAAGUUGAUGUCUGCAAGUAUGACCCUUGGGAUUUGCCAGGUGAUUUGGAGCAAGAGAGGUACUUCUUCAGCACUAGGGAAGCCAAGUAUCCCAAUGGGAACCGAUCCAACAGAGCCACCGGCGCCGGUUACUGGAAGGCCACUGGAAUCGACAAGCAAAUUGUAACUUCAAGGGGCAACCAAGUUGUGGGGAUGAAGAAAACUCUGGUUUUUUAUAGAGGAAAGCCUCCACGCGGCUCUAGAACUGAUUGGAUCAUGCAUGAAUACCGCUUUGUUAAUGCUGAAACCACAUCCGCCAAUGCCCCACAAAAGAACUCAACCGAGAGCCUUGCGGUUCCAAUGGACAAUUGGGUUCUGUGCCGCAUAUUUUUGAAGAAAAGAAGCUCUAAAAACGAAGACGAAAACGUACAAUUUGGGAACGACAAAGCUGCCCGGAAACUCAAGGUUACCAGGCCUGUUUUCUAUGACUUCAUGACAAAGGACAAGACGGACUUGAAUCUUGCCCCUGCUUCAUCCUCUUCUGGCUCAAGCGGAGUCACAGAGGUCUCGUCCAACGAGUCAGAUCAUGAUCACGAAGAAAGCAGUAGUUGCAAUAGUUUUCCUUUUUUAAGAAGAAAACCAUAACAAAGCUAUUAUAGUCUUCUUAGGUGUUCUUAAUCUGUACCAGUAAUUGGGCAUCUGAUUCCCUAAUCAGAAUAACCAUCUCCGAAAUCCGAUCUUUGGUCAUGAAGUUUCGUGUCUCUUGUAUGUUACUAUCGCCAUUUUCAGUAGAGAGGAACCAAGAAUCAAUCAAACCGGCAUCAACUUGUCAUUGGUAAUAUGGUUACCAUGUAGUGAAAUUUCCAAAGUUUCCACAA